GAGUCUUAUUUUUAAAAAUAAAAUUUGUGAAUGGCAACAUUCUAAUUUGUCAUGUCAAGUAUAAUUGUCUCCCUUUCGAACGAAAGAGAAAAACAAUUAUGAAACAUUGGGCGCGCAUGAUCUCUUCUCGACGAAAUUUUAAGGUUAGAAUUAAAAGAAAGACGAAUUUUUGGUUAGUUGCUAAAAGCAAGUUUAAAAUUGAAGUUAAAAUCUGACCAAUUAAAAUAAAAUCGAACCAAAUAAAAUACAUUUGAGUUGUUCUUCGAUAUUUAUUCUUGGACAGAGUUUUUUGUGCUUGCAGCAACAUAAUUUUAUUUUAAUUGUUGGUGGUACCUAUUCCACAACCGAUUUUCUUAGGAAAAGAUCACCACUACAGUUUUUCCUAGCCAUUUGUUACGGAGAAAAUGGUUCACAGUUGCAGUUUGUCCAGUUGUCGUCUACCAGAUGAUGACUCUAUGGUAUCUUGUGAAAGGUGUAAGCGCUGGUGGCAUUACAGCUGUCACGAUUUUGAUCCCAGCAAGUACGACACAAUAACUCCCUGGUUUUGUGAGGAGGAAGAUUGUGUUCUACGAGAAGAGGGUGAAGUUUCAGGUGUGUUUCCAAGUCGCAGAGAAUCUUUGCCAACAGCCGCUUCCACAGUAGAUGAGGUCGAAGAUGAAAUUAAUUUAAUCAUAGAAGCUGCUGCAGUGGCGCAAGCUGCUGUGGCUCAUCGAGACAAGGAACUUUUGGAGUUGCGUGCUGAACUUGCGGAGACCAAGUUGAAGUUGUCAAAGGUCGCUAUCGUCAAUGAUCACGUAGAUUCUAACUCCAUCAGCGUUCCAAAAUCGAAUUUAAACGCUUCAAAAACGAACAAGUUAGAAAUAAUUAAAAAGAUCCAGGCUAAUCAUCAGGCACUUUUGAACAGCACGAUUGGACACUACCAGUCUACUCCGUUACGACAAACUCUCUCUAAGAAACCAGACCAGCCUACACCACCGUUGCAAGAAACAUCCGAUCAGCAUACAAGGGGAAGUGAUACUUUUUCUCGAGACCAAGAUAUGGCAAAUCUCCUUACUAUAUUAAAUCGCAACAAUGUGCAGGAGCUGCCGAAUUUCUCAGGUGAUAAUAAAAGAGAGUGGCCUUACUUUGAAGAGGUUUUUAGAUGUACCACGAUCGAGGGGAGAUACAGCUCUAAAGAAAAUGUUGCACGUUUGCGUAAGGCAUUAAAGGGAGAGGCCUAUCAACUUGUAAGCGACCGUCUCAAAUACUCAUCUGAUGCUGAUGCGAUAAUGGAUUCACUCCGCACCAUGUUUGGUCGCUAUGACGUCUUGGUUCACGACUUGACUUCGGAUUUAUUAAACCUCCCGAAGCUCACUUCGAAGUGUGAUCCCAAGAUUCGUUUAUGGGCAGUAAAGCUCAACGGAUUUGUCGCAGAUAUCAAAGCGAUGAAUAGAGAAGAAGACCUUACAAAUGGAUAUGUUCUCACUAACCUAGCUUCUAGGUUAGCUGCAGGGCUUUACCAAGAAUGGCAAAAGAGAAAAUCAGUAUUGUCAAGAGUUAAUUUUCAACAUUUUGCUGAGUUUAUCACGGAAAGGGUUCUCGAUUUACCUCCUGAUCUGAUGAAACCUGGUGGAACUUCAGAGCAAAAAAAAUCACAGUCAGCUGUUAUCACGAAAUCUUCUCGAGUCCUUUUACAUCAACCUGUUUCUUCAUCUGCGUCAACCAGCCCAUGUUGUAAGUGCCACAAACAACAUUCUUUGCUUCAGUGCGAAGAGUUUUUAGCUUUGUCCCCAGAUCAGAGGCAGAAAUUCGCUAAGGAGAACUUUGUAUGUUUCACAUGCCUGGACCCAUCGAAACACCAGUGGAAAGCAUGUGGGAAAAAAAGAUCGUGUGGUACUGACGGUUGCAACCGACGUCACCACCCGCUGCUGCACAUGACAUCAAGUGGCAGCAACUUCGAGUUAAAUUCAGCUGCAGUUCCGUUCAAUCCACAACCGCAUUUCCACUCAUCCCAUGUUGGAACCGAUGUCUCAAUCAUGUUCAAGAUAGUCCCAAUAAGGAUUUAUGGUAAUGGAGACUUGUUUGCGGAUACUUACGCUUUUCUGGAUGAUGGAUCAUCAUUGUCGAUGAUUGAGCAGGAUCUCUUUGUUGAACUUGGGCUGGAUGGACAUCCCGAACAACUAACGUUGCAGUGGACGAAAGGGGUGUCUCGGAUUGAAGAUUCUAUACGUACUUCUUUGUCUGUGUCUGGCAUUAAGAGUCGUAAGCGGUAUGUAUUAGAGAAUGUUUACACCAUCAAGGAUCUAGGACUUGCUAGUCAGUCUAUUGAUGUUACCCGUUUACAAAGCAAAUAUCCCCAUCUUCGAGGCCUCCCACUUUCUGAUCUGGUGAAUGCUCGUCCGAAAAUAUUGCUUGGCUUGGAUCAAGCAAAAUUCUUACUAGGCCAUGGUCAGCGUCAUGGCAAGGAUGAAGAACCUCACGCCUUAAAGACUCUCUUAGGCUGGAUCGUGUACGGCAAAUCAGUUCCAUCGAUGAAUUUGUCUAGUUUGAAUCCGGUUUCGAAACCAUCUAUGAACCUCAUGUUCCAUCAUGCUAUUAGGGAGGAAGUUGACCUUCACGAUCUUGUUCAGCUCCAUUUUACCACCGAGGAGUUUGGUGUCAUGCCUCCAAAGGGUGAAUUGCGAAGUCGAGAAGUCAGUCGUUCCUUUGAUAUAAUGGAACGGUCAUUAAAAUUGGUAGACCGGCAAUAUGAGAUCGGCCUUUUGUGGAACUCUGAUGACGUAAAACUGCCUGACAGUUACGAUAUGGCUUUUAAACGUCUUAUUGGGUUGGAGAAGUCCUUAAGGAAGAAGCCUCAUCUACUGGAAUGGCAAAACAAUUAUUUUCGUGAUUUGAUCUCUAAGGGUUAUGCUAGAAUAGCCUCGAAGGAAGACCUGGAGAAGGAUUGGCCUCGGGUUUGGUACGCGCCAACCUUUAUAAUUGUAAAUCCAAAUAAGUUUCCACCAAAACCCAGAUGUGUGGCAGAUGUGGCUGCAAAAGUCAAUGGUAUAUCGUUAAAUACCCACUUGAUGAAGGGCCCAGACAACCUAGUCCCAUUACAUGCUGGACUUUUCAAAUUCAGGGAACGGCAAGUAGCUGUGAACGCCGAUGUGCGUGAGAUGUUCCACAGAAUCCGAAUAAAGUCUGAAGACCAGCAGUGCCAACGCAUUCUAUGGCGGGAAGGAGACACCUCUAGGCAACCGACUGUUUACAUCAUGGAGGUCAUGAUGUUUGGCCCUAGAUGUUCUCCAACAUGCGCGCAGUAUGUUAAAAAUCACCAUGCCAACCUUUUCAAACUUGAGUGCCCAGAAGCCGUGGAUGGAUUGACUAAACGCACGUACGUCGAUGACUAUUUCAAUAGCCAUAACUCAGUUGAAGAAGCUAUUUCUGUUACGAGAGAUGCUAUUCGUAUUUGCCACACUAUGAAUUUUGAUCUCGUUGGCAUACAAUCAAAUAGUCGUGGCCUUUUGGACCAGAUGCCGAAGGGUUAUGUCAAUUCUAAGUUGGUAAGCAUUGAUCCUAACGAAAGCGAUAGUUUCUUUUCUAAAGUUCUAGGUAUGUUUUGGCAUCCAUCCACUGAUCACUUCUCAUACAAACUUUCGGAUGAGGAGACAAUGAAAGAAAUGUUAGCCGAGGAUGCUGUUAUUUCAAAACGACAGAUGCUUAAGACCAUAAUGAAGAUUUUCGAUCCUCUGGGUAUUGUAUCAUUGUUCAUCAUCCGUGGACGGAUUAUACUUCAAGAAGUAUGGAGAGAAGGGUAUGAUUGGGACGAGCCAGUGUCACUUCAUUUGCGAAGCUUGUGGUUGAGCUUUAUAAAUGAUCUAAAGCAAAUCGAAAAUAUCAGAAUUCCUCGACGCUACGUAAUGUGGAACCCUGACGAUUGUAAAGUAAGUCUCAUAGUUUUCGUCGAUGCGUCAGAAAAGGCUUUUGCCGCAGUGGCCUACUUUCGUUUUGCUCGCAAUGAUGAUGUUAAAGUUGCACAGGUCAUGGCGAAGGCCAAAGUUGCACCUGUAAAACAAUUAUCGAUACCUCGUUUGGAGUUACAGGCUGCUGUGCUGGGUGUUCGAUUGUCAGCCACCAUUCAGGAGUCACAUACUAUUAGAAUUGACGAGUUGUUGUUUUUAUCUGAUUCGAAGACUGUGCUUGCAUGGAUCAAUUGCACCAGUAAAUUACCCUCCUUCGUUGCAUCUCGAGUAGGUGAAAUUCUAGAGUCCACUUCUUCGCGUCAGUGGUUUCAUAUCGGCUCUAAAGAUAACGUGGCCGAUGAUGGGACAAAACGAUUCGAGGCAUCAAUGGGAGAUCAAAAUACAAGAUGGUUCCAAGGUCCAGAUUUCCUAAAACUCUCAUUCAAAGAAUGGCCCAUCACACCUUGCAUAACUGUGUCCAAUUCUGUGAGAAAUAAUAGUAAAGGCACCUUAUUAUUGCUCCACGUUUAUAAUCGAAAAAGUUACUAUGGUGCAUAUAAUUUGUUAUCCGCGAGAUUUCAAGCCAGAUGGUCUUCCUCCGUCAGAGUCAUUGCAUUUUUGCUACGGUUCAAACGAAUCCUUCAGAGAAAGAAAACCGAUAGAGAAGUUUUUGUUACGCCUAGUGAGUUUCGUCAAGCCGAAGACUGGUUAUUUAGGAAGAUCCAAGAAGAGUCUUUCUCUAGUGAUAUCACUUUUCUUAGGUCAAGUGGUAAGGUCGGCUCUUCAAGCUCUAUCCUGAGUUUGACGCCGUUUCUUGACGAGGAUGGUACAUUACGACUUAGUUCGAGGGCUCAAAAGGCAAAUUCUUCGUAUUCAUCCCGAAAUCCAGCAAUACUACCCAGCAGACAUCCACUGGUCAACUUGUUCAUCGAUUAUCAUCAUCAAAAGAACUGUCAUAUGGGAACUGCCACUGUUAUUUCUGACAUUCGUGAAAGCGCCUGGAUAAUCAGCAUUCGAGGAGCCGUUGAGAGAGUGCGAAAGGCAUGUUUUAUGUGCAAACGCCUCAAGGCAAGAGCGGCUGUGCCGCUAAUGGGGCAGCUUCCCAAAGCUCGCUUAGCCUUUGACUCCAGACCUUUUACUCAUGUUGGAGUAGAUUGUUUCGGCCCUUUGUUGGUAAAAUUUGGUCGAGGUACUGUAAAACGCUACGGUAUGAUUUUCACCUGCCUUACAUUCAGAGCAGUGCAGAUAGAGUUGUUGAACGACCUAAGUUUGGACCAAUGUACGAUGGCUGUUAGACGUUUCCUUAUUAACCGAGUUGUCACCAGAUAUUUCUAUAGUGACAACGGUCUUAACUUUGUGGGUACAAAAAAUUUAUUGGAUAAGGAUGCUAAAGAGAUGGAAGUCUCCCUCUGUGAAUAUUCGUCAGGGCAGGAGGGUGUUUUAUGGCGCUUUAUCCCGGCCUAUUCUCCAUGGAUGGGCGGGGCUUGGGAACGUCUUAUCCAGUCUAUCAAAAGGAGCAUCGAUUUCGUCCUUAAAGGUCUCGUUCCUAGAGAAGAUGUUUUGCGAAACGCCCUCAUGGAGGCUCAGGGCCAGAUAAACCGACGCCCGCUAACACACAUUCCGGUUGAUCCUGAAGACCCGAAACCUCUUACUCCGAACUCUAUGCUCUUCGGGGAAGAUGAUCGAGACGUUACGGCCCCUGGAAUAUUCUCGGAAGCAGAUUUUUGCAGCAAACUUUAUAGUCGCCGAUGCCAGCACUUGAUGGCUCAGCUAGUAAGGCCCUGGUACCGCGAAUAUCUGCCUGUUAUCAUCAGACGGUCAAAGUGGUUUAAAGACACGAAACCGGUUCAGAUGGGAGACAUCGUAAUCGUAAUCGAACCCAACGAAAUACGUUCAGCCUGGCAUUUAGGUCGUGUCAUUGAGAUUUAUCCGGGACCAGAUGGAGUUGCACGAAUGGCUGACGUGAAACUAUCUAACGGAGUUAUAAAAUAUAAGCGUUCUAUUGGGAGACUCGCUGUGUUGGACUUGGAGUCUUCAUCCUAGGACCUAGUUCUCAGACGGGCCCCGGAAUGUCAUCGAGUCUUAUUUUUAAAAAUAAAAUUUGUGAAUGGCAACAUUCUAAUUUGUCAUGUCAAGUAUAAUUGUCUCCCUUUCGAACGAAAGAGAAAAACAAUUAUGAAACAUUGGGCGCGCAUGAUCUCUUCUCGACGAAAUUUUAAGGUUAGAAUUAAAAGAAAGACGAAUUUUUGGUUAGUUGCUAAAAGCAAGUUUAAAAUUGAAGUUAAAAUCUGACCAAUUGUAAGCUUUGUAUUUUUUGUUAAGAAAUAUUUCUAAUAUUAUAUAUUUUUCUCUAGAAAAUAAAA